CCCAGCCGUUGCUUGACGUGGCAGAGGACGGGGGAAAUCACAUCGUAAACGCUGUAGGGUGAAACAGGCCACCCGACAUGCAGACAGUGUUCCUGACAGCGCUGGUAAUAUCUAGCCAACCCAAGUGGGUGAUGUUCUAGAUGUGCCACUGUGAUAAACAUUCAGCCAAGAUGCUGUGUGUUCUGAAUAAACGGGGGUCUGAGACUCUUGGGAGUGGUUUCCAGCAAAGCUAGAGAAGUACAGAGACACGUGCGGUCUCUCGUCAAGGGAAAAGAAGUAAGUAGAAACGAUCUUGUAUUUGUCUCCGGAAACAAAGGGUAUACAUCCAAUUGAAAAAAAAAUUUUCUCAGUCACUGGUGGAAAUCAAUAGCCUUCUGAAUUGUAGCAUAUCUACUGCUUUACUUUAAAAGAAAAGAAAAUCUUGCAAGGCAAAUUGCAGAAAGUUGAAAUGCUGGUGCAGUAAGGGGUAAACGUGACAGUGCUGGGACCCUGCAGUAGAGAGUACUCUAGCCCUGAGAUUACAUUUCUUAAAGCUGUUUUUCUUACCAGUCGAACUUGUCUUAGCAAGUUGUUGUUUGCAAUAUUCACUUCUUUGCAAUGAACAAAUGGCAGAAAGCUACCUUUGGGCAGAGGGGUGAGAGAUGUAUGUUGAAAUUGCCUCUAUUAGCUGUUCAGAAGAAAAAGUAUUUACCAAACACCUCUUUCUCAGGUCACAGUCUGGAACGGGGAAGACAGCAACGUUCUCCAUCUCUGUUCUGCAGUGCCUAGAUAUACAGGUUCGCGAGACCCAGGCAUUGAUCUUAGCCCCAACUCGGGAGUUGGCUGUACAGAUUCAGAAGGGUCUCCUUGCUCUGGGAGACUACAUGAAUGUCCAGUGUCACGCCUGCAUCGGAGGGACCAAUGUGGGUGAAGAUAUCCGAAAGCUGGAUUACGGGCAGCAUGUUGUUGCUGGCACGCCAGGCCGCGUGUUUGAUAUGAUUCGUCGCCGAAGCUUAAGGACUCGAGCCAUCAAAAUGCUGGUUUUGGAUGAAGCAGAUGAAAUGCUUAAUAAAGGUUUUAAGGAGCAGAUUUAUGACGUGUACAGAUACUUGCCUCCAGCUACGCAGGUGGUUCUGAUCAGCGCCACUCUGCCUCAUGAAAUUCUAGAGAUGACCAACAAAUUCAUGACAGACCCCAUUCGCAUCUUGGUGAAACGUGAUGAGUUGACGCUUGAAGGAAUCAAGCAGUUUUUUGUGGCUGUGGAGAGGGAAGAAUGGAAGUUUGACACCUUGUGUGAUCUCUACGACACUCUCACCAUCACCCAGGCUGUCAUCUUCUGUAAUACCAAGAGGAAGGUAGACUGGCUCACAGAGAAGAUGAGAGAAGCCAACUUCACAGUUUCAUCCAUGCACGGGGACAUGCCACAGAAGGAGAGGGAGUCCAUCAUGAAAGAGUUCAGAUCCGGCGCAAGCCGAGUCCUUAUUUCAACAGAUGUUUGGGCUAGGGGCCUGGAUGUGCCUCAGGUGUCUCUGAUCAUUAACUAUGACUUACCCAACAACAGAGAACUCUACAUACACAGAAUCGGCCGGUCAGGCCGAUAUGGCCGCAAAGGUGUAGCUAUCAACUUUGUGAAGAACGAUGACAUCCGCAUCCUGCGAGACAUUGAGCAGUACUACUCCACCCAGAUAGACGAGAUGCCCAUGAACGUUGCUGAUCUUAUCUGAAGGUCCAUGUUUAUGAGGAAGCUGCCAUCGUAUCAUUUCUUACCUUCCAUAAUUAUGUUUUGGACCCCUGUACUUUUGUCACAUUACUGUUUUUAUGUUCUUGAGUUGAGCUGCAGAUGGGAACUUGUGUAAAUAAUGUCUUUACUUCUGCCCAUGUUUUUCAAUAAAAAAAAAAAAAAGUUUUACCAUAA